AUGAGUGAUGCUGCAGUGGUGUGUAGACAGCUGGGCUGUGGAGUGGCUGUAGAUGUAGUGAGCGAAGUCAGACUGCUUGGAGGUUCUCGCUGCUCUGGGAGGGUUGAAGUGCUUAAAAGGAAGACUUGGUUCACAGUGUGUGAUGCUGACUUUAACCAGCAGGAUGCAGAGGUUGUGUGUCGAGAGCUGGGCUGUGGUUCUCCUGUGGAGAUUCUGGGAGCAGCAGCUUUUGGUAGAGGGGAGGGUCAGGUGUGGUCAGAGGAGCUUCAGUGUAGAGGAAACGAAUCUCAGAUUCACUUCUGUCCAAAAUCAUCUUCACUCAAACACAACUGCUCCCAUGAUAAUGAUGUGGGACUGGUGUGUGCAGGUAGUGUGAGGUUGGUGGAUGGUGGCAGUCGCUGUGCUGGGAGAGUGGAGGUUCUUCAUAGAGGACAGUGGGGAACAGUGUGUGGUGAUAACUGGGAUAUGAGAGAUGCUGCAGUGGUGUGUAGAGAGCUGGGCUGUGGAAAAGCUGUAGAUUCAGUGAGUGAAGAUCAUUUUGGAUCAGGAUCAGGACCAAUCUGGAUGGAUGAUGUGGACUGUAGUGGAUCAGAGUCUACACUGAAAUAUUGUAAAUCAAGAGGAUGGGGUAAACAUGGUUGCAAUUCUACUAGGAAUGCCAAAAUCAUCUGCUCAGGAGUCCGGCUGGUUAAUGGUUCUCGCUGUUCUGGGAGAGUUGAGGUUCUUCAUGGAGAGAGCUGGUUUACAGUGUGUGAUUCUGACUUUAACCAGCAGGAUGCAGAGGUUGUGUGUCGAGAGCUGGGCUGUGGUUCUCCUGUGGAGGUUCUGGGAGCAGCUGCUUUUGGUAGAGGGGAGGGUCAGGUGUGGUCAGAGGAGCUUCAGUGUAGAGGAAACGAAUCUCAGAUUCACUUCUGUCCAAAAUCAUCUUCACUCAAACACAAUUGCUCUCAUGAUAAUGAUGUGGGACUGGUGUGUGCAGGCAGUGUGAGGUUGGUGAAUGGUGGGAGUCGCUGUGCUGGGAGAGUGGAGGUUCUUCAUAGAGGACAGUGGGGAACAGUGUGUGGUAAUAACUGGGAUAUGAGAGAUGCUGCAGUGGUGUGUAGAGAGCUGGGCUGUGGAGAGGCUGUAGAUGCACUGAGUGAAGCUCAUUUUGGAUCAGGAUCAGGACCAAUCUGGAUGGAUGAUGUGGACUGUAUAGGACCUGAAUCAAAUCUGAAGCACUGUAUUUCCCCAGGAUGGGGUAAACAUAACUGCACCCAUACUCAAGAUGCUGCAGUCAUCUGUUCAGGAGUCCGGCUGGUUAAUGGUUCUCACUGCUCUGGGAGAGUGGAGGUUCUUCAUGGAGAGAGCUGGGUCACAGUGUGUGAUGCUGACUUUAACCAGCAGGAUGCAGAGGUUGUUUGUCGAGAGCUGGGCUGUGGUUCUCCUGUGGAGGUUCUGGGAGCAGCUGCUUUUGGUAGAGGGGAGGGUCAGGUGUGGUCAGAGGAGCUUCAGUGUAGAGGAAACGAAUCUCAGAUUCACUUCUGUCCAAAAUCAUCUUCACUCAAACACAACUGUUCUCAUGAUAAUGAUGUGGGACUGGAGUGUGCAGGUGUCAGGCUGGUUAAUGGCUCUCGCUGUUCUGGGAGAGUGGAGGUUCUUCAUGGACAGAGCUGGUUCACAGUGUGUGAUGCUGACUUUAACCAGCAGGAUGCAGAGGUUGUGUGUCGAGAGCUGGGCUGUGGUUCUCCUGUGGAGGUUCUGGGAGCAGCUGCUUUUGGUAGAGGGGAGGGUCAGGUGUGGUCAGAGGAGCUUCAGUGUAGAGGAAACGAAUCUCAGAUUCACUUCUGUCCAAAAUCAUCUUCACUCAAACACAACUGCUCCCAUGAUAAUGAUGUGGGACUGGUGUGUGCAGACAGUUUGAGGCUGAUGGAUGGUGGCAGCAGAUGUGCUGGGAGAUUGGAAGUUCUCCAUAGAGGACAGUGGGGAACAGUGUGUGCUGUUGGUGGGGAUGAGAGAGCUGCUCUAGUGGUUUGUAAAGAGUUGGGCUGUGGAGAGCCACUAAGCAUAGAUGUCUCUUCAUCUGGAUCAGGACAAAUCUGGAUGAGUCAUGUGGACUGCAGUGGAUCAGAGUCUACAGUGAAACAGUGUGGUUCAUUGGGGUGGGAUGAACAUAAGUGUAGUCAUUUUUUAGAUUCUGAAAUUAUCUGUUCAGGUCACAAAAAGCCCAGACUUAGUGAUGGUCCUCAUCUGUGCUCUGGGAGAGUGGAGGUUCUUAAUGGAAAGACCUGGGCCACACUGAGUGAUGAUGACUUUGACCAGCAGGAUGCAGAGGUUGUGUGUCGAGAGCUGGGCUGUGGUUCUCCUGUGGAGGUUCUGGGAGCAGCUGCUUUUGGCAGAGGGAAAGAAGAUGUGUGGUCAGAAGAGCUUCAUUGCAAAGGCAAUGAAUCUGAGAUUUCACUCUGUCCAACAUCAUCUUCACUCAAUUACAACUCCUCUUAUUAUAGCAAUGUUGGAUUAACAUGUUCUGGUCAUACUAUUGUACGCCUAAUGAACGGCUCAGACUCCUGUUCUGGUCGAGUGGAGCUCCAGUACCUCAGUGAGUGGGGUACAGUGUGUGAUGUAAGCUGGGAUAUGAGAGCUGCCAGUGUCCUCUGUGCUCAGCUGAAGUGUGGGAGUUCUGUGGCUGUGUUGGGGUCAGACUGGUUUGGGGAGGGGAGUGGCCGGAUCUGGGCUGAUGUGUUUGAUUGUCAGGGGAACGAAACACACCUGUCAAAAUGUCCCAUUUCAUCAUGGAGUCGAACUGCAUGCUCUCAUAAACAGGAUGCUGGUGUCAUCUGCAGUGGUUCUUCUCUGGCAUUUCAUGAGGGUGGAGUGCGGUUGUCUGGAGGGAUGGAGUGUGAGGGGGAGGUGGAGGUGUUCUUCAGGCAGGACUGGAGGAGAGUUCUGCUGAACUCCUGGAGUGAGUCUGAGGCCUCUGUGGUCUGCAGACAGCUGGGCUGUGGUUCUGUACUCAACAUAUCCAGCUCCUCUUCAUCCAGUCCUGAACACAGCUACAUGGGUGUGACGGGUUUUAACUGCUCUGGGAGUGAAGCUCAUCUGAGGAACUGCAGCAGCUCACAAGCAGUUAACUGCAGUUCCACAGAACAGCUCUACAUCACCUGCUCUGUCCACAGCUCCAUCAGGCUGGUUGGUUCUGGGGGGGACUGUGCAGGAAGGCUGGAGGUUUUCCACAGUGGAUCAUGGGGGACAGUGAGUGAUGAAUUGUGGGAUAUUGAGGAUGCGCAGGUGGUCUGCAGACAGCUGCAGUGUGGAGUGGCCCUCAGUGAUCCGGUACCAGCCCGGUUUGGAUCCAGAACUGGACCCAUAUGGCUGAAUGAGGUGGAGUGUGAGGGGAACGAGGCGUCUCUGUGGAACUGCAGAUAUCAGCUGUGUGGAGAGGAUGAAUGUGGACACAAGGAUGAUGUAGGAGUCGUGUGCUCAGAGUAUAAAGAGAUCAGACUGACUGAGGGCUGUGAGGGGAAUCUGGAGGUGUUCUAUAAUGGAACCUGGGGGAAUGUGUGUAUAAAUGGAAUGACUGAAUUAACAGCUAACCUAAUUUGCCAAGAGCUGAACUGUGGAAGAACUGGCACGGAGAGAACUACCAACGCAAGAGUGGAAUCAGCUCCUAACUGGUUGGAUGAUGUGAAAUGUAGGAAACAUGACUCCACUCUGUGGCACUGUCCAUCUUCUCCUUGGGGACAGAACACGUGCAAAAAUAAUGAAGUGGCUCAGAUUACUUGCAGAGAUGAAGGGCAAAAUGAUGUUGCAGUACAAAAAUCUUUAAAGUGUUUCUCAUCACUCCACCAGUCACAGUGCUCAAAACAUCUUCCUCUCAGGCUGAAGGAGACAGAGAGAAGCUGCUCCGGGAGGCUGGAGGUGUAUCAUAAUACUGAGUGGGGGUCUGUAUGUGGUGAUCUGUGGGAUAUAAAAGAUGCUCAGGUGGUCUGCAGGCAGCUGGGUUGUGGGCCGGCGCUGAGUGCUAAUAGAAGUGCUGCUGUUGGUUCUGGUGGAGGAACUAUCUGGAUGAACAGAGUGAAGUGUAGAGGGAAUGAGAUUCACCUGUGGGACUGUCCUCAUUCCCUGAAGAACCACACUGACUGCUCCCACAGUGCUGGGCUCACCUGUGCAGACAUAUCUUUGGCUCCUGCUACAACAACUAAAAUAACAACCACUAUCAUUACAGUGAGUUGGACCACAAUGGAAAUACCUUCUCUCCCACAAUUUCCAGCAAUAACCAUUUUAUCCAUUUCUCCUGUGGUUAUCCUGGUUUUGGGAACCAUGCUCUUCCUGGCUUUAGUGCUGCUGGUUGUGCUGUUUUACCAGAACAAAAUGCUCUGGAGAGUGCUCUCAAAGAAGGGACCAAAGGUGGUCUAUGAGGGCCUGAGGAAGGGUCCUAGUAUAAUCUACGAGGAGAUCAACCGCAGAUCCACCGCAAACACCCGUAGAGCAAGUAUCAUCUCUGAAGUACAGCAGUCAGGAUAUGAGGAUGUGAAUGAGGAGCUUCUCUCAGGUGAGGCGGGAUUAGAAGCCACAGAGAACUAUGAUGAUGUCAUCACUCUCGGAGUACUUAAAAACAGGGUAUCAAGGGACAGUGUAGAGGUCUAUGACGAUGCCAUGUCUACUGGGGAAAACCCACAUGCUGCAAGAGUGCAUACAUCAGAGAGCUAUGAUGAUGUCAUCACUGGAGAACAAGACGCAGAUGUAGCAGAUUAUGACAAUGUGAUAGAAGUGGACCAAGACAAUUAACCUGCUGAUUUUUUUUAUUAUCUUAUAAAAUAAUUGCUCUUUUUUUUUCAAACAAUACAUUUCAUAUUGAGGUCUUCAGCAUUUUUUUGAGUACUUUCUUCAAUUGCUCAUUUGACUUCUUGCAUGUUUUAUGCAAAAUAUCUUAAUUUUAAAUGUGU